UGGGAGAUUCGAAGGACCUAAAAUAAGCAGUCACAAACAAAAACGGAUUUAAACUGAAUUUUAUUAAACUGUCGGGCGUCUGAUGUAUUAAGACGACUCAGUGGAGACUUGCACUAAUUCGUCUUGAUGGCCACUCCGAGCAAGACCCCGCCUGGAGCCGACCCGAAGCAGCUGGAGCGGACCGGGACUGUCCGAGAGAUCGGCUCCCAAGCGGUGUGGUCCCUCUCCUCCUGUAAACCCGGUUUCGGUGUAGAUCAGCUGAGGGACGACAACCUGGAGACCUACUGGCAGUCAGACGGAUCCCAACCGCACCUAGUCAACAUACAGUUCAGGAGGAGGACGACGGUGAAGAUGUUGUGUAUUUACGCCGAUUAUAAAUCUGACGAGAGCUACACGCCCAGUAAGAUCUCUGUCAGAGUGGGCAACAACUUCCACAACCUUCAAGAAAUCAGGCAGUUGGAGAUGGUGGAGCCCAGCGGCUGGAUCCACAUCUCUCUGAUGAAUCAGCGGACGAAUGAGCCGAUCAGCACCUUCAUGAUCCAGAUCGCGGUUCUGGCCAACCACCAGAACGGCAGAGACACGCACAUGCGGCAGAUCAAAGUCUACACGCCAGUGGAGGAGAGCUCCAUCGGAAAGUUCCCACGAUGCACCACGGUCGACUUCAUGAUGUACCGCACUAUCAGGUGAUCUGGACUCGCCCUCCGUGACCCCCCGGAGAGUUCGGGAACCGCACGAAACGAACACUGAUAUCUGGAGCCACUGCUGUGGAAAAAAAUCUAAUCUGGUGCAUCCUCGAUUGAUUCCGUAUUGAUUACGGAGUCGAUCGGUCUUUGUGAAAGUUCUGAUGUUUUAACGUGAAGCUGCCAAUAUUUAACGUAUUUAAACGUGACUGUAACAAACGUCCAGCGUUUGUCUUCUCAGGAUGGAAAAGCCUCGUUAUACGACCACAGGACGAUAAAGCUGAUCACGCUUAAAGGUCGGCAGCAAAUAAAUCUUAAUAUUUCUCUACUUGUGUUAAUUAACAAUCAUAUCAGAGGACGAUGACACCAACUAGACAACAUCUGAUGAAUAAAAUGUGUUUAUAAAUGUUCUUUCCCCCAAACAGUUUUAUUAAUUUUUCAAAUAUUAUGUAAAAAGCACUGUCAGGCUGCAACUAACAAUUAUUUUCACCAUUAAUCGAUUAGAUUUUGGUCUAAAAUGAAGAUAUUCAGUUUAUUGUCUUAAAGGACGAAAGAAACCAGAAAAUAUUCACGUUUUCAGCGUUUUUGUUUCUUCUCAACUCUUCAAAACGAUUCCUCAAAAAAACUAAUCACUGCAGUUCUAAACAUAUAAACACAUAAAGAGUAAGAAACACACAUGAAGACAACAACACAGAACAACAAUCAACAACAAAACAAGGUCCAUAGUUCAGGUCCGUGUCACCUUUGACCUCUAAGUCCAUGAGUCCAACACCAGUAUGCUGUCCUGAUGGUUUCCAGUUCAAGAAACAAAGUCUCUUUGACAGUAAAUCGACUCUCUGCUUGUUGAUGGUCCAUCGUUUACAAUUCAGAUAAUCGAUUCAUAAUUUUUAAGCAAAAAUGCCCAAAAUAUGAAGGUUUCAGAUGCUCAAAUUUGAGUAUUUGCUGCUUUUCUUGUCUCACAUCACAGACGAUGUGAUAUCUUUGGGUGGAUUGUUUUUUUUCACUGUUUAGAUUUUUUUAGAGCAAAACAAUUAACUGAAAAGAUACUGGGGAUUGACUGAUGGUGAAAAUAAUCGUUAGUUGCAGGAAAUGUUUGGUAUCUUUGUUUUAAACGAUUAUCAAACUGGUUGUUGAUUAUUUUUCUGACUUGAGAAAGAUCGAGGACAUUAAUAUCUGACAUUAGCCUCCACGUAGACCAUCACGAUUACACAAUUCAGUCUGUGAGAAGACCAUGAGAUUUGGUUUAAAGCUCCGGAAACCAGUCAGUCAGUGUACCUCGGACUCUUGAUGGUCUGAACAUUUGUUUCAGAGGCUUUUCCUUCAUGAUAAGAAGAAACACUGAAUACUGACAUUUAUCUUUGGCAAGAGAACGUAAAGAUAUUAAACUCACAUGUUUGUUUGUUUGUGACGUUUUGAAGAAAUUUAGCAGCACUUGAAAGAAAAAAACAAACUGUAACUUGAACAAUAUGGUUUUUAUGCAAGUAAAGCACAUCAUACAGUAGAUUAUGACUAAAUUUAAUCCUGUUUUUGAUGUUUGGGUCUAAAAAUAUUCACUGAAUUUCAGGAAGGACGAAAUAUUUUCAGGAAUUCUGAGCGACAUGUUUUAUUCAUACUUCAUGAUCAACAUUUUGCUGUGACGGAGUGAAUUAAGAAGCCAAAAUGUUGAGGUUUUUUGGUCAGUUUAGACUUCUUGUUCAUAAGUAUCAUAAACUCACAGUUGAAAACCCAAACUGCUCCGUGCCUACAGACCGUCUCUGUUGUGGAUUUGUUACCAAACGCUGAAUUAAACAAGUUUCAAAGCGA